AUGGUGUUAGCUAGCGAUAGAGAUAGCGGUGGGAAGGAGGGGAGAUUGUCGGAGGAGAGGUCCUUUCCAUUGGGAGAUGCAUAUCAACAGAAAGAUGUCAAAGUGUUCCUUUCCCUUGGAGCAGCUUUCGGACCCCAGGAUGCAAAAGAAGUUGCCAAUUACCUCUUCCAAAACUUCCUCAGUAACCAAUUUGGUCCACAGGGAAGUGUAACGCUGAACGGCAUCGAUCUUGACAUUGAAGGUGAUGGUUAUUGGGACGACCUUGUCAAGGAACUAGACGAUCUCCGACAGCAAAACCAGUACUUUUACUUUAAUGCCAAUGCACCGAUGGAAACAUCGGCAACCUCGUUAGCGCAUGGAACCAGUGGACUUCAAGCACAGUUAAACAAGUGGUUUUGGGGCUACCAGCGUCUCCCGAAGCUGCUCCAAGUGGUGGCUAUAUUUCCCCUGAUAUGCUACCUUCCCAACAGUUGA